UAACUUGAUAUAAAUUAUUUUCGGUUCAAUUAUAUGUUAAUUUUGUGUGCGGGUGUUUAUUCAAGUAGAAAAUAAUACAACAUAAGUAGUCAAUGCUAAUCUAUAACUGUCAACAUCUUUGCUUAUGGAUAUACGAAGUAUAGUGUAAACAUAAUAAAUUAAGAAGAAUAAAAAGGUGCUUAAAGCUUGAACGCAAGUUUAUAAAAAUCACACCUUUACUACGACAACGAUAGAGUGCUCCUAAUUGUAAAUAGGAAAGGCGCCUAUCAAGUGGACGUGAAGACGUCGACGCCGCUGCUGGGUGCUGCUGCUAAAUAAUGAGUCGCCAUGAAGGUGUCAGCUGCGAUUCAUGUCUAAAGAGUAAUUUUAAUGGGCGUCGCUACAAGUGCUUAAUCUGUUACGAUUAUGAUCUGUGCGCCGAUUGCUAUGAGGAUGGCGUCACCUCCACACGGCAUCUGGUUGAGCAUCCAAUGCAAUGCAUACUUACCCGCUCGGAUAUUGAAUUAUAUUUUGGCGGUGAAAUGCUAACCACGGAGCAGCCACAAUCAUUUACGUGUCCUUAUUGUAAAAAAAUGGGCUUCAGUGAUGCCACAUUAUUGGAGCACGUUUCGGCUGUGCAUGCAGAAACCAGUCUGGAGGUGGUAUGUCCUGUUUGCGCUGGUUUACCGGGCGGUGAGCCGAAUCUAGUCACAGAUGAUUUUGCUGGUCAUCUCACAUUGGAGCAUCGGCAAGGACCACGCGAGUUAAUAUCCUUUUUAGACGAGCCGUCGGCCAUAAGACAUGGCGGUGGUGUGCGCCGCAUACCAGGACGCACCUUGGGCGGCCCCCGCACCCGUCGCUCCAAUAUGCACUUUAGCUCAUCGAGUGGACUGUCGGCAUUAUCGCCAUCGGGUCGCGAGUCUGUAGAUCCAAUUGCAGAGCUGCUCUCACAGCUGUCCGGCGUUAGACGUGGCGGACCACCAACAUCGCAAUUGCAACAAUUGCAGAUGCAAAUGCAAAUGGAUAGGCAACAGGCGACGGCAUCGCGCCAAAUUGAUCGACUGCCAAGACGCGCGCAUCCUAUAGUCUCAACAUCGAAUUCGAAUGCAACCAUGGCCGAAGUGAUUAGCGGCGCAGGCGGUAGUGGCAGCGCUGCUGUUGGCAGCAGUGUAAAUGCACCGCCACCCAAUCUGCGCACCACCGAUUGGCCCGUGGGCGCGACUUUCUCAUCGGGCAGCAAUCAUCAGCAAGCACAGUCGAGCAGUCUGGCCGCCAAUACACUCAACGCCAGAGAAGUGGUCGGUAGCAGUUGCCUUAGUGGCAGCGUGGUUGGUGCUAGUAAUGCGCUGGGCAUUAGUGUUGGCUCGGGCACAUCCAAUGGCAAUGGUAGCAGCACAGGCGUCAACGCUGGCCAAGCUGGCGGCGGCGCAUCAUCCUCUGGUGGUGAUGCCUCGCAGUCACAGUACUUGCUCGCUAAAUUUAUGCAGCCUAUUCUAACGGAUGCCGAAUGGGCGGAAGUUGAGCGUAAACGCGCCGAUCGUUCGAUGUUCGUGCAGUCGGUAUGGUUGUCAUUGUUAUGUACAGAGCAACUGGACUUGAAUGCAGCCAAUGAUGAUGGCGAUAGUUUGGCCAAGAGUGAUAAUGUAAAUAAAGAUCAAAAUGACGGCGGCAGCAACAAUAGUAGCAGCAGCAGCAAUAGCAACCAACAGCAACAGGAACAGGAUACAUUGCUCAACAACAAUGCGCAGGAGCAACAACAAGAGCAGCAGCCGCAACAGGAGCGUAUGGCACGACAGGUUAAUCAAAUGCAACAAACCUCGCCAGAGGAUUUUGUAUGCGAUGAGUAUCGCUACAAGAACAAAAAGGCCAACAAUACAACAGCAACAACACAAACGAGUGGCACAGCUGCAGCAGGCGGCAUGAAUACAUUGGGUGGCGGUGGAGUCGUGCCGGCAGCAGCAAGUGCAGCUGGUGCUGGCGUCAGGCCAACGCCAGCUGAUCGAGGUGGCAUCGAUAGACGUGGACGAUCACAGCCAGCAGAGACUGCCACGGGCUCCCAACAACAGCAGCAACAGCAAAAAUAUAAACAAAAUGCAAAUGCGGCGUCAAACACAAAUCAGAUACCCGAUACUAGGUAGUGUCUCAGUUGUCUCACCAUAAGAGCGACAACACAUUGUAGCUGCUGCAGACGCCACAACAGUAGCAACAACAACAGCAACACGCCAACAAUUACAACAGCAGCUGGAAUACAACACCAAUCACAACAAGACCACGUCAUCCACCAUUAUAGCAACAGCAAUAAUAACAAACACAGCCGUAAGA